AUGCUCGGUGCCUCGUCCCUCACCAAUUCACCCUCCUGGGUGGUCAAUCGAGCGCUGAUCUCGCAGAACUGUGCUAUGAUCGCGAAGCAAGACGAAGUAGGAGAAAGCGAUUUAUUGGACUACCAUGUCCGGAUCGACUACUUCACGGUCUUCGUGAGUGCGAAGCCGAGAGCGUCACGCACCGCUCAAACCGUUGCGGAAUCGUACGAGGAGGCCGAGUUCAGACGGUUCGGCGCUAGCGAGGCGAUCCGUCACAACCAUGAGCCUGGAGUUAUGUCGGACUUCUUCAAAGCUUUCAGCAAGCUGAUGGGGUUGCGACAACGUGCGACGCUGCGUACUGUCCAAAGGAAAAUUGGGCGGCAGAACGCACGUUGGUAUGUCGCCGACAUCGACCAACCCGACUGGUACCAGAGCGCGAAGCGUCUAACGCACGCGCUUAACACAGCUCACGACAGGACGUGGAACGAGACCCCGUUCUUCCUCGUUCGCAGUUGUUAUCCGCGGUCUACAUUAGAAGCAACACUAGCGGUUGGCAACACGCCACACCAAGAUGCAGAAGCACGACGGUGGAGGAUGCGCAUAUAUCGUCAUUAUAAAAUCGCACGCGCACAAUCGCUUAAACUCAUCCGCGAGGCAGUAGGCGCGAAAGCUGCGCGUCAGAACUCGUGCACAACGGAAUACGCGAUAGAACGGGGAUCGCGAGUCUGGUUGUACCUGGAUCGAGUCAAGCCUCUAUACGUGCGCAAGCUCGCAUACAUGUGGCACGGCCCAUUCCGCGUCGCAGAGUUGAUCAGCACAUACGAUGUGAGUCUAGAGUCCGACGGAACUCCGUACCUGUUGUUCCCGAUCGUGCACGUCUCGAAGUUGAAAUUGAAACCUGUCCGCGACUUCCCGUCGCGGCUCGAGCUGCGACUGACGGUACCCUCGGGAGAACGCUUCGACUUCGAUGAGGCGUUCCUCUCGGAGGAUAGCUGGGAAACACGCAACUUGGGUGACGACGUGUAUGAGGUCGAACAGAUCUUGUACGGGCGCGAAGGACUGGCGACCAUUUACGGGCGCACGAAAUACGAUUUCCGGGUGAAAUGUCGAGGUUACGAAGAGGUGAGCUGGGUCGACGAGCUAGAUUUGAAUUGUGGAGGCCUCUUGUACGCUUUUCAGUGGUAA